CGACAGUUCCAUCGAGAACAGACACUAAAACCUGCUAGUGAAACUUCAAAUCUUUACGCCAUGGCACCCAUAUCGCUAGAAGACCCGGCCGUACAGUCGUACCUCUUAUACUCCGGUAUCUUGGCACUUAAAGUUCUGGCCGUAUCCAUCCUGACAGCCUUCACUCGAAAUUCGAAGAAAGUGUAUGCAAACCCUGAAGAUGCUCUUUUGAGGAAAGGGAAAGUGAAGUACGAUGACCCAGACGUGGAGCGAGUUCGCCGCGCGCAUCUCAACGACUUGGAGAACAUUCCCGUGUUCUGGAUCCUGGGCGCGCUGUACCUGACCACUUCUCCUUCAGCCGGGCUCGCCACCACACUGUUCCGUGUGUACACUGCUGGCCGAGUGCUACACACCCUGGUCUACGCCGUCAUACCCCUGCCGCCACUUAGCCGAGGCAUCUCCUUCAUUAUUCCUCUCAUAAUCUCAAUCUACAUGGGACUUAAAGUGGUGCUACACUACAUCAGUGCAUUUUGA